CGCCGCAGGCCGGCUGCAGCUGACUGGGCGGCGGAAGUUUGACGGCGCCGGGCGUGUGGCUGCGGCUGCGGCGCCGGACACCUCGCAGAUCCCCGACAGUACCCGCGGCGGAGGUGGAAUCCAGGCGAGCCUGAGAGUGAGAUCCGGGACAGGAGAGAGAACUCCUCCGAUACACAAACAUGGACCUGGAAGCCAGAGUGAAGAAGAUGGGCUUAGGUCAUGAACAAGGAUUUGGAGCCCCCUGUUUAAAAUGCAAAGAAAAAUGUGAAGGAUUUGAACUGCACUUCUGGAGAAAAAUAUGUCGUAACUGCAAGUGUGGCCAAGAAGAACAUGAUGUCCUAUUAAGCAAUGAAGAGGAUCGAAAAGUGGGGAAACUUUUUGAAGACACCAAGUAUACCACCCUGAUUGCAAAGCUAAAAUCGGAUGGAAUUCCCAUGUAUAAACGCAAUGUUAUGAUAUUGACCAAUCCAGUUGCUGCCAAGAAGAAUGUCUCUAUCAAUACAGUUACCUAUGAAUGGGCUCCUCCUGUCCAGAAUCAGGCAUUGGCUAGGCAAUACAUGCAGAUGCUACCCAAAGAGAAGCAGCCAGUGGCAGGCUCAGAAGGGGCGCAGUACCGGAAGAAGCAGUUGGCAAAGCAGCUCCCUGCACAUGACCAGGACCCUUCAAAGUGCCACGAGUUGUCUCCCAAAGAGGUGAAGGAGAUGGAGCAGUUUGUGAAGAAGUACAAGAGUGAGGCUCUGGGAGUAGGAGAUGUCAAACUUCCCCGUGAGAUGGACCCUCAAGGCCCCAACAGAAUGUAUGUCCCUGGCGGGGACAGAAGCACCCCGGCAGCAGUGGGAGCCAUGGAGGACAAAUCGGCCGAACACAAGAGAACUCAGUAUUCUUGUUACUGCUGCCAACUGAUUAUGAAGGAAGGUGACCCGGCCAUCUAUGCUGAAAGGGCUGGCUACGAUAAACUGUGGCACCCAGCUUGUUUCGUCUGCAGUAGCUGCCAUGAACUCCUGGUUGACAUGAUUUAUUUCUGGAAGAAUGGGAAGCUGUACUGUGGCAGACAUUACUGUGACAGUGAGAAACCCCGAUGUGCUGGCUGUGAUGAGCUGAUAUUCAGCAAUGAGUAUACUCAGGCAGAAAACCAAAAUUGGCAUCUGAAACACUUCUGCUGCUUUGACUGUGACAACAUCCUAGCUGGAGAAAUAUACGUGAUGGUCAAUGACAAGCCCGUGUGCAAGCCCUGCUAUGUGAAGAAUCACGCUGUGGUAUGUCAAGGAUGCCACAAUGCCAUUGAUCCUGAAGUGCAGAGAGUGACCUAUAACAACUUCAGCUGGCACGCGUCCACAGAGUGCUUUCUGUGCUCCUGCUGCAGCAAGUGUCUCAUUGGGCAGAAGUUCAUGCCAGUGGAGGGGAUGGUGUUCUGUUCAGUAGAGUGUAAGAAGAUGAUGUCUUAAGAGGAAAGCACCAGGCUGUGUUGAGCCAUAGGUAUCCCAAGUGGUAUGCAUUUCUACUGUAAAAUGCAAUAUGGAAAAAUAAAUGGAAAAAGAAACUAUAAAGGAAACCAGAAGAUUUUGUUAAAUAUCUUUCUUUGCUGUUUUUCCUUAUCCAUUUUUUUUCAUCUCAACAUUUAAAACCUGGUUUAAGCAUUUGAUUUUAAAAAUAGUAAAGAAUUUUAUCUUUCUUUAGCUUUCCAGAUGUAAAAUCUUUGAGUGGGAGGCUUGGGAUUAAUUAAUUUUUAUAUCCCUGUCCCCCUUGUGCUAAACCAAGUAUAUAUGCAAAAGUAUAUAUGAAACACUUGAAAGUUGGUGUGCUGAAUGGAAAGAUGAGCAUUUCUAGCUCUGCAUUCUUUUUUCCCCUCUAGUGUAAAAUGAAAAGGCAAUUAAAAUUUUCCUAAUGUCAAGGCUCUACAUUUAUUGCCUCAUCUUAUUCACUGAACGUUGUAGCAAUACACAGUGAAUUCUUUUGACAGGGAAAUAGAAAUGCAGCAUAGUAUGGAGAGCUGUUAUUUUAAUGCCUAAGCAUUCUCUAUAUCCUAAUUUAGGCAGAGGUGACUUUAUUGCAUUUCUCUCUUUUUAUUUGCCCUACCUCUCAGUAUUCUCUUUAUAAGCUGGUGACCUCCAUCUGUGGCCUUGAAUAUUUUAUUGUCACAUGUGGCAUCCACACUUUUUACUUCUAUAGGUUUUUGGCUUGGACACUAAAACCAAAGCACUCAUUUAUGUAAUGUUUUCAAUCCAAAGAACAUGUAUACUUUUUGUAGCCAAGAAAAUAUAACUUGCAUCGAUUGCACUUGCCUGGCAUGGUGCAGAUAGAUUUUUUUGCAUGGUUUUUAUUCUUUUCUAAUGGAUAUUGUCCUAUGAUGCUUCUAAGCCUGUUCAUAGGUAUAUGGAAUAUCUUCUUCACCUAUAUAACUUUCAUCCUUAGGUAUUCCUAAUGUUUACUUCCACUAUAUACUUCCAUAAACUAUGCACUAUGAAAAUUAAGUGUAACGAAUGAUAUGUAUACUAUUAUUCAAAAUAAAAUCUCGUUCACUUUAAGAACUGAA